AUGAGCCAGGCGCUGGGGAAGCCACAGCCGGAGGACGACGAGGAGGAGGAGGAGGAGGAGGAGGAGCUGGUGGGGCUAGCAGACUACGGCGCCAACCCACACAGCAGGGCUGAGGAGGGAGUUCUGGACUUCAGCGAUCCCUUCAGCACUGAGGUGGAGCCAAGAAUCUUGCUCAUGGGCCUGAGGAGAAGUGGCAAGUCAUCUAUUCAGGAAGUUGUCUUUCACAAAAUGUCUCCCAACGAAACGCUGUUCCUGGAGAGCACUAACAAGAUAAGCCGGGAAGAUGUUUCCAACAGCUCCUUUGUUAAUUUUCAGAUUUGGGACUUCCCAGGGCAGAUUGACUUUUUUGACCCUACAUUUGACUAUGAGAUGACCUUCAGGGGAACGGGAGCACUGAUAUUUGUCAUUGACUCCCAGGACGAUUACAUGGAAGCCUUGGCCAGGCUCCACCUCAUGGUGACCCGAGCCUACAAAGUCAACACUGACAUCAACUUUGAGGUAUUUAUUCAUAAAGUGGACGGCCUCUCAGAUGACCACAAAAUUGAAACCCAAAGAGGUAUUCACCAGAGGGCAAACGAUGACCUUGCAGAUGCUGAACUAGAAAAAAUUCACCUCAGCUUUUAUCUGACAAGCAUAUAUGAUCAUUCAAUAUUUGAAGCUUUUAGCAAAGUGGUUCAGAAACUGAUUCCACAACUCCCAACCCUGGAGAAUUUGCUGAAUAUCUUUAUCUCAAAUUCUGGAAUUGAAAAGACAUUUCUCUUUGACGUUGUCAGCAAAACUUAUAUUGCAACUGAUAGUACCCCAGUGGACAUGCCAACAUAUGAACUCUGCUGUGAUAUGAUAGAUGUGGUUAUCGACAUCUCUUGUAUUUAUGGUCUCAAAGAAGAUGGAGCAGGAACCCCCUAUGACAAGGAAUCAACAGCGAUUAUAAAGCUAAAUAAUACAACAGUUCUUUAUUUAAAAGAGGUGACAAAGUUCCUGGCUCUCGUUUGCUUUGUCCGAGAGGAAAUCUUUGAAAGAAAAGGGCUUAUUGACUAUAAUUUUCACUGCUUCCGGAAAGCCAUCCAUGAAGUAUUUGAGGUGAGAAUGAAAGUGGUGAAAUCAGGAAAGGUUCAGAAUCAGCUGCAGAAGAAAAAAGGAGCCACCCCUAAUGAGACCCCUAGAGUGCUGCUGUAG